UUAAGAAAACGGAACUAAGUCUUUGCUGCUGACGUGAAGACGCUGCGCGCUGUGAGUGUGGGCAGGAAGAGCGUGUGAGAGCGCAUUGAUCAUUUCUUGCACAGAGGCAUUGCACAAGGAUCUGCUGGGGCUCAACAUGUUACAUAUCUAAUGCGGGGGCACGGUCAAAAUCAAUCCCACUCUCACCCAAAACACAGAUCCUGCGAGAUCACCCCCCAGAUCCAACAAACGGGGACGAAAACGGCACCCAGAGAAGAGCUGCUUGUGGUUUGAAAACAUAGGGGCGGCCAGCGGGUGGAAAGCGCAUUCGAGAAGACGGCAGCGGGAGAGGGACUGUUCCAGGAGCCAUGAGAGAAUACAAAGUAGUCGUGCUGGGAUCUGGCGGAGUCGGUAAAUCAGCAUUGACUGUUCAGUUUGUGACGGGAUCCUUUAUAGAAAAAUAUGAUCCUACGAUCGAAGACUUCUACAGAAAGGAGAUCGAAGUGGAUUCGUCGCCCUCGGUGUUGGAAAUCUUGGACACCGCGGGCACCGAGCAGUUCGCCUCCAUGAGAGAUCUGUAUAUCAAAAACGGGCAGGGCUUUAUUUUGGUCUACAGUCUGGUGAACCAACAGAGCUUCCAAGAUAUCAAACCAAUGAGGGAUCAAAUCAUCCGAGUAAAAAGGUACGAGCGGGUACCCAUGAUCUUAGUAGGGAACAAGGUGGAUUUGGAAGGUGAGAGAGAGGUCUCUUCCGGGGAAGGCAAGGCUCUGGCCGAUGAGUGGAAUUGCCCGUUUAUGGAAACUUCAGCCAAAAAUAAAGGCUCGGUCGACGAACUGUUUGCAGAGAUUGUCAGACAAAUGAACUAUGCUUCAGCGCCAAACGGGGAAGACCAGUGCUGCUCGUCGUGUGUUAUUCUUUAAAACUUGUUUUAAUUCUCUUUUAAAGUUUGCAAUGUGUGUUGCAGGGAUUCUUGACUGAGUUGAGUUCUUCGCGUCUCCCGUUGGCCUGAGACGGAAUGUGAGCACUGCUAUGGGAGGGUCCCUCCUAGGAAACCUGGGAGAAAUGUCUCUCUCUUCAGGAAUUCGGCGUGAUUGGAGUAUCUUUGCAGUACUCUCAAUGUAUAUCAUUGAUGUCUACAAAAGUGGCGAAGUUUAAACUCCAGUCUCAACUUGCACUCUCAACUGGAAGUAAACCCCAACGCGGAUGUCGAAACUGAGACUUGUGCACCAACGUUUCUUCGAGGGAAGAAGAAAAUAAGAUCAAAUUUAUAUUUUAUAACUGCUGCAUUGAAUUGGGGUUGGAAAAAUAGGUGGUAUUUUUUCCCUUCAUGAAAAGUACAUUACGUAAAGUUGUAUUUGUAUUUUUCAUUUUGGUGGUGACGUCAAAAUAUGAGACUGCUUCAGUUGCGCAAGGACCUUACUGUCAUGACGUGAGGACGCAGACCGCCCCACGUCUAGUGCCUUCCAGUAUCAGUCAUUCUGUUUAGUGCCAAUCCGAGUCACCACAAGAAUCUCAUUAUAUGGCAAUCCACAGAGUACUUAACUGUUUCACUCUGGUUAAUCUCAUGGAGGUAAAAAUCUAAACAAAAGGCCUAUUGUGAGUGGAAUGGCGGUUUCCCCAUUUUCUGUGUUUUAUGUCAGUUUGGCCUUUGAAAUGUACGUUUUUAUAUUUGGUCAUAUUCUGACUGAAUUUUAAUUUAAAUUCAUAGGUACUGCAAUCCCCAAGGUUGACUCAAACAAACCAUGUCUUUUCUCAG